AUGUUAAGUUACUUUGGUUUUGGGAUAUAUCGGGAUAUACGAAAUAGAUUACCAUUCUAUGUAUCUGACUUUAAAGAUGCCUGGAACUAUAGAGUAAUUCCUUCGAUAACGUACAUCUUUUUCACCAAUGUGCUACCGGCGAUAGCAUUUGCUCAGGAUAUGCUAGAUAAAACGGACCAAAAAUAUGGAGUAAACGAAGUCUUAUUGAGUUCAGCAAUUGCGGGCGUUGUCUUUGGAUUAUUUUCGGGGCAACCUUUAUGCAUUGUUGGGGUAACAGGCCCUAUCUCUAUUUUCAGCUAUACAGUUUAUGAUUUAAUGAAACCCAGAGGAACUCCUUAUUUUCCUUUCAUGUGCUGGAUAUACUUGUGGUCCAUGCUAUUUCACUUUGUCAUAGCUUUGGGAAACAUGGUUUCAUUCUUGAAGAUUAUUAGUACAUUUUCUUGUGAUGUUUUUGGAUUCUUUAUUUGCGUUGUUUAUAUUCAGAAAGGAAUACAGAUUCUAGACAAACAAUUUACUGAAGAAGGAUUAGCCAGUGGUUAUUGCUCUGUUAUGAUUAGUUUGUGCAUGAUUAUAUGUGGCGUUGGGUCCGGUAUCUUGGGACAACAACUUCAUUAUUUCAAAGGAUCAAUUCGUAAAUUAUUCUCAGAUUAUGGGGUUCCAGCCUCAGUUAUAUUUUUCACAGGAUUUAUUCAUUUUGGUGGUCACCUUAAAGACACACACUUGGCUACCUUGCCUACCACUACUUCAUUUCAACCCACUGAUCGUGGUAUGGAUCGUCCACAUGGCUGGUUUAUACAUUUUUGGCCAGGAAAAAAUAUUUCUGUAGGAGAUGUGUUUUUAGCAAUACCUUUUGCUAUUCUUUUGACGUUUUUAUUUUAUUUUGAUCACAAUGUAUCCUCAUUAAUGUGUCUGCUGAAAGACUAUCCCCUCAAAAAACCAUCAGCCUUUCAUUGGGAUUUCUUCUUACUUGGGAUUACUACAGGCAUUUCUGGUCUUCUUGGUCUACCACCUCCUAAUGGUUUAAUACCCCAAGCCCCUUUGCAUACAGAUUCGCUAGUGAUACAUGACAGUGGCGGCUUAGCAGUUUCCGUAGUUGAACAGAGAAUCACUAAUACGGUUCAAGGAAUGCUAACGUUUGUUUUGUUAACGAAGCCUCUUUUAGUUGUUCUUGCUUUAAUACCGCAAGCUAUUUUGGCCGGAUUGUUUUUUAUAAUGGGUAUCACAGGAUUGAAUGGGAAUAUAAUUACAAAUAAAAUUAGGUAUGUAUUCAUGGAAUCAGAUUAUAUAAAGAAUGACCCUUCCUGUCCUAAGGUAUUUAAAGAGAUUGACAAGUUGGAAAAUAAAAAGUGGUUCUAUAUUUACUUAGUUUUGCAACUAAUUGCAUUUGGAUUUGAAUUUGGUAUCACAUUGACAAAAGGAGCCGUGGGGUUUCCUGGAGUCUUGAUGUUUUUUGCAAUUUGUGCGGAAUGGAUUUGGCCCUUAAUAAUACCUCGUGACGAAUUGGAUAAAUUGGAUGGUGAAGUUGCUGAUGAAAUUGUCACCAAAAGUUUAGUUAUCAUAAAGAACCCCAAGGGUAAAAGGUCACCCGAAGGUGAAGAAUCUUGGCGUAGCAGUGACAUCGAAAUGUCUUCUAUUGAAGAUAUUUAA